AGUCACUGGGAUUGCAGAAAGGUGGAUACCACAAUGCUGAAUUUGCGGAACCUGUUUGAGCAGCUUGUGCGCCGGGUGGAGAUUCUCAGUGAAGGAAAUGAACUCCAAUUCAUCCAGUUGGCAAAGGACUUUGAGGAUUUCCGGAAGAAAUGGCAGAGAACAGACCAUGAGCUGGGGAAAUACAAGGAUCUUUUGAUGAAAGCAGAAACUGAGCGUAGGCUCGAUGUUAAGCUAAAGCAUGCACGAAAUCAAGUGGAUGUAGAGAUUAAACGGAGACAGCGAGCUGAGGCUGACUGUCAAAACCUGGAACGACAGAUUCAGCUGAUUUGAGAGAUGCUCAUGUGUGACACAUCUGGAAGCAUUCAACUAAGCGAGGAGCAAAAAUCAGCUUUGGCUUUUCUCAACAGAGGCCAACCAUCCAGUGGCAAUGCUGGGAACAAAAGGCUGUCAACCAUUGAUGAAUCUGGUUCAAUUUUAUCAGAUAUCAGCUUUGAUAAGACUGAUGAAUCACUGGAUUGGGAUUCUUCUUUGGUGAAGAAUUUCAAAUUGAACAAGAGAGAAAAGAGGCGCUCCAAUAGCCGACAGUUUGUUGAUGGACUCCCUGGUCCUAUAAAGAAAACUCGUUCCAUUGGCUCCACAGUAGACCAGGGAAAUGAAUCCAUAGUUGCAAAGACUACAGUAACUGUUCCCAAUGAUGGUGGGCCCAUUGAAGCUGUGUCCACUAUUGAAACUGUGCCAUAUUUGACAAGGAGCCGAAGGAAAACAGGUACUUUACAACCUUGGAACAGUGACUCCACCCUGAGCAGUAGACCUCUGGAGCCAAGAACCCAGAAUGAGAGUUCAGGCAUACCACAGAGUAACGGAGGGAUGCGCCUUCAUGACUUUGUCUCUAAGACGGUUAUUAAACCUGAAUCCUGUGUUCCGUGUGGGAAACGGAUAAAAUUUGGCAAGCUGUCUCUGAAGUGUCGAGAUUGUCGAGUGGUUUCUCAUCCAGAAUGUCGGGACCGCUGUCCCCUUCCCUGCAUUCCUACUCUGAUAGGAACACCUGUCAAGAUUGGAGAGGGAAUGCUGGCUGAUUUUGUGUCCCAAACUUCUCCAAUGAUUCCCUCUAUUGUUGUCCACUGUGUAAAUGAAAUUGAGCAGAGAGGGCUAACUGAGACCGGCUUGCAUAGGAUCUCAGGCUGUGAUCGGACAGUAAAAGAGCUGAAAGAGAAAUUCCUCAGAGUGAAAACUGUACCCUUUCUCAGCAAAGUGGAUGAUAUCCAUGCCAUCUGUAUCCUUCUAAAAGACUUCCUUCGAAACCUCAAAGAACCCCUUCUAACCUUUAGGCUAAACAAAGCCUUUAUGGAAGCAGCAGAAAUCACAGAUGAAGAUAACAGCAUAGCUGCCAUGUACCAGGCUGUUGGUGAACUACCCCAGGCCAACAGGGACACAUUAGCCUUCCUCAUGAUUCACUUGCAGAGAGUGGCUCAGAGUCCAAACACUAAAAUGGAUGUUACCAAUCUGGCUAAAGUCUUUGGUCCUACAAUUGUUGCCCAUGCUGUGCCCAAUCCAGACCCAGUGACAAUGUUACAGGACAUCAAGCGUCAACCCAAGGUGGUAGAACACCUUCUUUCACUGCCCCUGGAAUACUGGAGUCAGUUCAUGAUGAUGGAGCAAGAGAACAUUGAUCCCCUGCAUGUUAUUGAAAACUCAAAUGCCUUUUCAACACCACAGAUACCAGAUAUUAAAGUGAGCUUACUGGGGCCCGUGACUACUCCUGAGCACCAGCUUCUCAAGACUCCUUCAUCCAGCUCCCUAUCCCAAAGAGUCCACUCUACCCUCACCAAGAAUACUCCCAGAUUUGGGAGCAAAAGCAAGUCUGCCACCAACCUAGGACGACAAGGCAACUUUUUUGCUUCUCCAAUGCUCAAGUGAAGUCACGUCUGCCUGUUACUUCCCAGCAUUUACCAACUGCAGGAAAGGGCACACCUGUACUCUCUGCUCUGCAGCCUCCUGUACUACUUUUAGCAUUCUCCAGGCUUUUAAUCAAGUUUAAUUGUGCAUGAGGGUUUUAUUAAAAC